AUGGAGUUUGCCAUGGCAGGAAGGCGGCAGACAUUCAUAGCUGUGUUGCUCUUGGCAGGUCUCCCUGCGGACGCGCUGCGGCCGGGGCCGGGACAGCCCUGUGCAGACUCGGCGGUGAAGCCCCUGUCGGAGGCCGAUGCCGCGAAGCGCUUCUUCAUGCUGUCCGAGUUGGUGGAUGGGUCGGGCGUCUCCUGCUUGCAGAAGCUGCGCAACCUCAAGGCAUCCACGGACAGUUUGGGCUACAUGCCCGAUGGUGCCUGGGCCGGCUGCCUAAAGAAGGCCGUGGACUACGAAGUUUGGAACAAGGCCUGGCCCCUGCAGCCCCGGUUCCGGCAAGCGCCGAACACCAAGCCUGGCGAAGAGAUUCAGAGCCCCGCAGGUCAGGUCAUCGCUCUCUUCUCAGAACGCGCUGCUGAGACACAGCUGCACCUCGAAGCCUGCCUCCACGAGAGCGAGGAGCGCGAGCGGCAGCGCAGCGCCGCGAGCGCUGCGGCGCUGGCGCAGAAGAGGGCGCAGUCGUUGGCCUCGCUGCUGCAGGUUCGCAUGUCCAAGGUGUCCUGA